CACAUAAUCAAAAUGCAUCUCUUCACUUGCGGUUGGGUAAUCUUGAUUGUGACUGUGACUAUUUUACAGUUAUCAGAUGCAGCUCGCUCGUCACGAAAAAAGCUACCGGCAGAUAAAGGUGAAGCUAUGUAUAAUUGCUUAAAGAAACAGUCGUGUGAUUGCGGCAAAGGACCAGAAUUACAAGAGUGCUUCGAAUAUAUGGAGCCCGAGACUAUGCGUGCCUUUAUUAGUUACGUUGAAAACUGUUUUGGACUGAAUUAUACUGUACCGAAUAGCGAUGCAGCAUCAGUGGCAUGUACUCUUCCUGAAGAAGGUUGGGUCCGGUGUAGGAAUGAAAUCCUGGACAAUUUCAACAAAUAUCUGGCUGAUAUGUACAAGCAGAUCUUCAAUCCUUCCAAACAAAAGGAAAUGCUGGGAGUUGAAAAAGCUAAAGUUUGCUUCGGACCACGUAUGUCAGUCUGUGCUAGUUUCCAAGAUCAGUGUGUUUAGUGCAUGAAAAGUUUUCUAUUGGGAAGUAAAAUGUAAUAAAUGCAUUUAGUAAA